AUGCGACGAGCUCCAUUUGGUAGACCAAUGUCUUCCCGUCUAAAUCCCCAAAACCAGCCUGCCCCAGACGAAAGCCCAAGCAACGAGCCAGAAAAUGAUUCGCAGAAUGAAGUAUUCUUCCCAGGAGUCUGGGACGUACUGAGAGUACGAUACUUACUGCAAUGGAAGCUUCAAGAAGGAUUCCCACCAGAGUUAAUCGAUGAGAUUAUCGACGAGGCCGAGUACUGGCCUUCAACAGUGAAUCACAUGGAAGGCAAAAUGCCAAAAUGGAUUAGACAAGACCACGAUCAAGUCAUAUUGAAAACUGUCCCUCUUUGUUAUGACCGGGAGAGUAUAGAGCAAUCAUCCUCCCCCAAACCGCUUCCCAACCGUGGUCGCCAUCCAUGUCGCAAAAUAAUAUUCCAGAUCACUUCACAUGACCAGGGUGGCAGAGGAAGUAUAACGGAUGAGGACAGAUAUAGAGGGACAUGGACAUGGUUUGACACCGAGAUUAUCCAAAAAGCACACACUCGAAACAUGUACGCAGACGGCAAAGAACAAGAAUUGCUUGAAAAUGAGCGCGGAGAUAGGCCCAGGAAUUUUCGACCAGGCGAUGAGGGACUUCUUCCGCAUGAUAACAAGCUCCAGGUCAAUGCGAGACAUUGCCGCACUGUCCAGAACCAUACUAUUGUAUGGCAUUACCGGGAUUGCAUUGGCCCUGAAUCUCAUGAAGCAUACUUUAUCGAGCGCAAGCAGGGUCGAGGGAGAUUGACGCUUGAUGGUCGCUAUGUGAGGGAAUUGGAAAUCGGUGACUCGAUCGCGUUGUGGGCGAAAGCCAGGUUUCCUGGUUGGGUUAAUUAUGCAUACAAGGCUAGCGUUCGUGUGUUUUGGGCUAUAUAA